GCUACGUUCGCUCUGAGCGCUCAUGCGUUGUAAGCGUCAUUCUAUCUUCUUUUGGCAUGUAAUGGAUAAUAGAAAAUUUUAAUACUGUAUAGCUGAGAGUAAACAUAUUGGAAAAGCUAGUAAACAGCUAGAUUUAGCGGAGCCGUUUAGUCGUUCUGCAGAAGUUCAGUUGUUCAGCAGAAAAUUUUACAACAGUUGCAUAGCAGUUGGCAGCGCAGCGGAAAGUGCUUACUAAGCUGCUUUUUCUACUCAACACAGCCAAAAUGCGAUCUUCAUUUUUUCUUAGAUACGCAUAAACAAAUUGACCAUUGACGCAAUAUUUUUCCGAUAGUGAAAGGAGGUAACGAUUACGACCCGAUCGCUCCUUCACAUUUCACUUUAAUUACAAACAUUUGAGACGAGAUUUCAGAUGAAUUCUAAUAAAGGCUAUUUAUACAACGAAAGAAACGACGAAGAUGUAGACAUCGAAGGCAAAGAAUAUGAUAAGACUAGUGAUUUUUUGAACGGAGGACACGAGAAACGGUAGGAGGGAAAGUUAGGAAAAGUUACAUGAAAAAGAGGCAACGCGGAAAAUAUUUUUUCCUCUAUGAGAUUUUUUCUUUGCGAUAGCCAAGCUGAAAAUCGAGAACUAGGCAAACGGCGUCACUGGCGUCGCCGCGGCGCGGCGUGGCGCGACAUUACGACGCUCCGACAGACACCACGGCGUCGACCUGCGCUACGCUCUCUCCCCUUUUUGUCAUCCUUCCCUUCUUAACCCUGUAUUAUCCCCCAUUGAACGCGUAUAACGCAUUCAAUUUCGAUUAAUGGCUACUUUUGAGAAUUGCAAAUUCACGACGUCCACACUUUAUGCUGACUCAUCACGUUUGAUAUCAGCACUUUGUGAGUUUUAGAUUCCGGCGCAAAUUUUCAAUGCCAUUUACACUGUAAAAAUAAAUGUCUUGCAAAUAUAUUGAAUUUCAUUGAUUACUGUUUCGUAUGAGAUGCAACGGAUUAAGGCAACGAAAUUUAUUCAAUGGGAGAGUGGCUCGUCGAGAUAUUAUUCGGGUAAUUUUAUUCUAUACUAGCUCACGUUCUAUACUAGCUCACAUUCCUUUGGUUUCAUUAACAGUAUUAUGAUUGUUAUCAAUCAAGCGAGAUUAGUAUUAGCGAAGAGAAAAACAUCCGAAGAUCCUGGAAGAUACCAGAAAACAGGCGGAAUCUGCGCGUUACGGAAAAGCUCGCUGAACGAUGGAGGAUAAAAUGUCAAGGAAACCGAGGCGGUAGGAGAAGACAGAGGGCGGGGGUCAAAGCAGCGUGGAAAACGAAAAGCUCCCGCAGGGUUUCGCGCAUACUCGCGAUCAGACUGUCCACAGGACUACAACUCGCUUUCGACGUGCGUUGUCCUUUAUCUACGCAACUUACGUUUCUGUCACCAAGGACGAAAGUUAUACCAUCAAAGAAGCGGGAUGCAUCGAAGGAUCGCGAUAUCAUUUGUCGCUUUAGCCUUUGUCACGGCGGCUCAGUCAGAGAAAUAUUCCGAUGGAACUUUUCGAAAAAGAAGCAGAAAAAUAAAAAGACAAUCUGAAGUGCUAUAUGUGCACUUCGCUAUCAGACAAAGGAUGCGGUUCUGAACUGACAACAGACUUGCAACCAAACUUGCAACCAGAGGAAUGUACCGGUACUAAGAUGAGAGAAUGGCAAUUGAAGAUCAAACAACACAAGAUCCUCAAUUUGACCACGUGGUUUUUCGACAUGGAUGAGGGGUUGCAGGACUACCGAAACUUUCCAAACAUGAACAUGGCAUGCUCCAAAAUGACCCUCCAUAUUUUGAAACAAGACGUUACCAUAAGGACAUGCCAAACGGCUAAAACGGAAUCCAUCGAUCCGUGCAAAACGAUAGAAGGGAAAUUAGAGAACAAUCAACACAUAGAAAUGAACAAAUGCGAUCUGUGUCUUACGGACGCCUGCAAUAAUGCAACGUUUAUAUCUCCAUAUAUAUUAUAUAUUCUUUUAUCAUUCCUUGGCUCUUUCGUUCACGUUGCUUUUUAUCGCUUGGCGUAACCUUAGUCAUUUCAUGCGUUCCGUAAAGACGUAAUAUAUAAUGAAUAAUAGUAGUCAUUUGGCAUCAGUAUAUUGUACACUCCUUUUGUAAUUGUAAAUUAACCAGUUAGCUUUCCAAAUAAUUACUGCGUAUACUAACUGCGACAAUGAGAAAUAAAUAUGUAUUUGCUUAUGUAUAUGUAAUAUAUAUGUCAUUCAUAUCGUUUUUAAUAAUAUGCUGUAUGCUAUUCGUGUUGCAGAUACAAUUACAACGUGUACACAAAUUUACCAGAAAUACGUGAAAGUAAACGACAUGUAUAUUUGCAUUACAUGUAUAUUUGCAUAUAUAUUUGCAUAUUCGUGAGA